CGCAGGGUAGCUUGGCUUUCGGUGGGCUGCAUCAUCACCCCUUGAUGCAGCGACAACGAGGGGAUCGAUGAUGACGCCAUCUCAAUGCUCAGCAACGCACCGUCCACUGGUCCUCGGCGGUGACGGCUGACGGCGGUGGCAUCUACGCCAGUCCCCCAGCGAUUUCCCCAGAGCCUUUAUCCAGCCUUAACGAAUGAUUUCCAAUCUCUUCCCGCCUCACUCUUCCCGCUCCCCCCCGCCUCUGAUGAGUGAGCCGCUCGUCCAGUGAAUGGUCUUGAUGCAGUCCAGUGACCAUGAUCAUUCGACGCCCCCCUCCCCCCAGUGUAGCCUCGUGUCGGCAGCCCUCGCCGGCCUCGUCACCAAGACCGCAUGCGCCCCGCUCGACCGAGUCCGCACCCUCUACCAAAUCCAGGGCAUGUUCAAUGCCACUGCCGGCCACUCGGCUGCCCCGCGGCCCGUCACCACGCUCAAGUACGGCGGUUCGUUCGGCCUCAGCACGUUCGGGCAGAUUUAUGCCGAGGAGGGCGUGGCGGGUCUGUUCCGCGGCAACCUGAUGAACUGCAUCCGCGCCAUGGCCGUCUACGGCAUCAAAUUCGGCACCAACGACUUCAUCAAAGACCACAUCAGACUCGCGCGAAGCAGCAUUAGCAGCAGUGGCAGUAGCAGCAACGGCAGCAGCAGCAACAGGGCCGAUGGGCGUCUGUGCUUUAGUGACCUCUUGCUGGCGGGUCUCGUGGCCGGGACGGCGCAGAAGCUGCUGACAUACCCCCUGGAUCUGCUGACGGUGCGGCUGGCGAUGGGCAGCAACGUGGUGGCCGUGGCGAGUGGUGGUGUGGGUGUGGGCGGGGGUAGUGGGGGGUACAGGGGCAUAUUGGAUUGUGUGGGGCGGAUCUACGUGCGUGAGGGUAUGGGUGGGUUUUGGAAGGGGCUUUGCCCCACGCUGAUGACGGGCGUGCCCUAUGUCAUGUUUCAGCUCUCCCUCUGGGAGUACUACAGGGACGCAUACCGCAGGUAGGGUGCGUAUGGCUGUGUGUACACGACACAGGCAGCCAUUCAAUGGUGCAUGUGUAUGUGUGUGUCUGUUUGGCGUUCGGCAGGUACCUUCGUCCAUCUGUGUAUGGGGUGUCGUCGAGCAAGGCCGACGGCAUGAAGGACGUCCUGGAGUCGUCCAUAGAGUCGUCCAUUGCAGGUGCGCAUCCGUGAGCUGUUGAGCACCACAACACGACUUGUCAUCUGUGUGUGGUGCGUUGUGUGUCACACAGGGUCGCUGGGCAGCCUCACAGCGCAGCUGCUCGUCUUCCCGGGCGACACAAUAAGGUACACACACACACACAUUUGCAGAGAGUGGUGCUGAGCUCUCCCUUUUGUAUGUCUGUCUAUGUCAAUGUCUGCAGGAAGCGCAUGAUGGCCGACGGUGUGGACUCACGGCCGGGCGGCGGCAAAGACCCACGCAAGUACAAGUAUGUCAACCACAUACACACACACACACACAUGCUCAUCCUCUAUCAGUGUGCACACGCCUGUUCUCUCUCUGUAUGUGUGUGUUUGUGUUCAGGGGUAUGAUGGAUUGCCUGCGUCAGGUGCUGCGGGAGGGCGGCGCCUCUCGCCUCUAUCAUGGCCUGGUGCCAUGCAUCGUCAAGGCGUUACCAAACGGUCCGUCAGAGACACUCACAUAUACACACACACCCCAGACAACGCAUCCUGGCGUCAUCUCUGCAGGUGCGAUUCAGUUCGGCAGCAUCGAGCUCUUUUCCAAGCUGGUGCCGCAGGCGUACCUGCUCAUCACCAGCGCAUUGGCCGCCUUGGCCACGACCACCACCGCCACUACCACCACUGCUGCUGCUGCAGGCGUCACGUGACACGCUGUGUUGUAUCACACAUACGUGGGAUGUAGAGCUAGAUGGCCGUAUGUAUUCCGUCGAUUUUCCUUUUAUUUGCGGCGGCGGAGGGCAGUUUUUGCUUUUGCGUGUUUGGCAGAUAGAAGCGUCCGUGCACUGAUUGCGUCGACUCAACAACGGUUGGUGGGGGUGCUGUGACGGUGUACAGACAGACUGACGAACAGACAGACAGACAGACCGACAGGGUCGGUCGACCUUGAGGACAUCGAGUUUGAGGACAUCGAGUACGAGUGGGUCGGGGAGGCGCGGAUUCCCGCCUGAACUUCGCGCAUCCCUCACCUUCUUGUACUGCAUGCCCGCAACUUCGACCACCAGUCGUAUUCUUGUCUCUCUGUUAUCCGUGACAUGACUUUGGCCGUUGUCGGCUGGCGAAACAAACGAUGCGGAGAGUGAGUGUGUGUGUGUGUGUGGGGUGGGGGUGGGGGGGCAUGAUGUAAUGUGAUGUACAGACCAACAG